AUGGACCUUCAAACCCCAUGUAAUGCCUGCAUCGGGAUUGACCGAAAACUAGCCGUGCCCGGCCAGUCAUUUCCCAGAAGAAGCAUCAAAAUUCGUCGUAAAACGAUUUCAGAGCUCCAAAUGCCUGUUGCGGCAAGCCGGGCCCCACUGCUGGCCGCAAUCCCGACCCACAAGGUCACUGUGCACGAUCGUCAGCGAGGUGUUGUCCAUGAAUUUCUCGUGCCCGAGGAUCAAUAUAUAUUGCACACGGCGGAGGAUCAAGAUAUAACUCUGCCCUUUGCUUGCAGGCACGGCUGCUGUACUAGCUGUGCUGUUCGUGUAAAGUCUGGAGAACUCAGACAGCCAGAAGCACUAGGAAUAUCUGCUGAAUUGAAAUCCCAGGGAUAUGCACUUCUGUGUGUGGGCUUCCCGUCAUCUGACCUUGAGGUUGAAACACAGGACGAGGAUGAGGUGUACUGGCUGCAAUUCGGAAGAUAUUUUGCUCGAGGGCCAAUUGAAAGAGAUGACUAUGCAUUGGAAUUGGCUAUGGGAGAUGAGUAA